AUGGAUGAUGAGUUUGUCAAUUACGAGCAGGCCUUCAACUUCGAGCCAACAAUGGACGCGACCGCUUGGAUGGCUGGAUGCGUCGCGCCCACUCUCAUCAAUGAGAAUCUCUGGGCUGGCAGCUUGGAUAAUACUAGCGCGGAGCUUUCCUUCAGUACUUGGGAGGGAGAUUGGAACAUCUGA